UACGUUGCCAUGGGUCUGACCCCACCAAGCUAUUGGUAUGGGAACGGGAACCGGGAGGUGCCCUCUGAACCCGGAAGUGUUUUCGGGAGGCCUGGGCGGACUGGGUUUGAAUGAAAUCCGGCUGAUUCAUCGCGGCCCUCGGCGGACGUGGAGCGGCGGCGGAAGGGUCUAAGCCCCAGAAUCUGCAGCUAUCCCAAGUGACUUUACACUUACUCACUGCUUUGUCAAGCAGCAGCAACAGAAGAAGACAUUAUAAACUUCAUAGACAUCCAAAAAGUGGGAGCUACGGUUGGGAUAAGGAUUACUAUCUGACUCUGUUGACAAGAACAGGAAAACUCUAGUUGAGUGCCAGAAAUAUGGACAGACUUCUACGACUUGGAGGAGGCAUGCCUGGGCUGGGACAGGGGCCACCUACAGAUGCUCCUGCAGUGGAUACGGCAGAACAGGUUUAUAUCUCUUCCCUUGCACUGCUGAAAAUGUUGAAACAUGGUCGUGCUGGUGUUCCUAUGGAAGUUAUGGGUCUGAUGCUUGGAGAAUUUGUUGAUGAUUAUACCGUCAGAGUGAUUGAUGUGUUUGCUAUGCCACAAUCAGGAACAGGUGUCAGUGUAGAGGCAGUUGAUCCUGUAUUUCAAGCCAAAAUGUUGGAUAUGCUAAAGCAGACAGGAAGGCCUGAGAUGGUUGUUGGUUGGUAUCAUAGUCAUCCUGGCUUUGGCUGUUGGCUGUCUGGUGUGGAUAUCAAUACUCAGCAGAGCUUUGAAGCUCUAUCGGAAAGAGCUGUAGCUGUGGUGGUGGAUCCUAUCCAGAGCGUAAAAGGAAAGGUUGUUAUUGAUGCCUUCAGAUUGAUCAAUGCUAAUAUGAUGGUCUUGGGACAUGAACCAAGACAAACAACUUCAAAUCUGGGUCACUUAAACAAGCCAUCUAUCCAGGCUCUAAUUCAUGGACUGAACAGACAUUAUUACUCCAUUACUAUCAACUAUAGGAAGAAUGAACUAGAACAGAAGAUGUUGUUAAAUUUGCAUAAGAAGAGUUGGAUGGAAGGUUUGACACUUCAGGACUAUAGUGAACAUUGCAAACUCAAUGAAACAGUAGUGAAAGAGAUGCUGGAGUUAGCUAAGAAUUAUAACAAGGCUGUGGAAGAAGAAGAUAAGAUGACACCUGAACAGCUGGCAAUAAAAAAUGUUGGCAAGCAGGAUCCCAAACGUCAUUUAGAAGAACAUGUGGAUGUGCUGAUGACCUCGAAUAUUGUCCAGUGUUUAGCAGCAAUGUUGGAUACAGUUGUAUUUAAAUAAUGAAUUUACUGUUACUGUGGUGCUUUCUGUGUAUAUUCUUCUAUUGUUUCUAACACUCGGAAACCAGAGACUGCGGAAAGUAUAUUUGGUUAAAUGGAAGACAUCUGGCAUCAUUUGCAGUCUAAGAGCAGCACUAUAACACCUUUCAGUCUCUGUUGUGCAAUUACUUCUGUUUCUUUGUGUCAGGGUCUUUGCAGAUUCCAAAGCAGUUCAAGAACACAGAGUGGGCAAAUUGUAUUAAGUUUUCAUUUAAUAUUUGGGGGAAAAUCAGUAGUACAUAUAUAUUUUGAUUGUUGCUACAUAAUAAAAAUACAUUUACACUC